UGACCGCCUUAAGUCGCAUAAUAUCGAAUUUGUAAAGCACUUACUCGUCGCUUAUCUCAUAAGAUUUCCUUUUAUAACUUCCUGUCUUUCUUGUCGCUAGGAACGAAAUGGUUUUGCCUUAAAUGAACCCCCAAAAAGUUGGGCUGUCUCUUUCUAUGACGUAUUUUAUAGGCGACAGGAGAAGGGCGCUCGGUUUGAAAGGGUAGGGGCUUUUUGUAAACAUCCACCGAAUAUAAUGUACAUAUCGACGUGACUGUCCACUGCCACGAAGAACUUCAUCUCACUUCCCGUCCACUGUCUGACCCGCUGAAGCGGAACGUUGUCUGUUAUGCCUGAAUAACUCUUAUAUUCGGCGGACACUGCACGUUAGCUAACUAGCUAGCUGAUGCCAGUUUGUUUUUAACUUUCCUCUCCGCUAAAUGUUGACCCAGUGUCACAGAAAAUCCUUCUUUUUCGUAGCCGUAGCCUAAACAGCCCCUGUUAAGAUGGCGAGUGUGCACGAGAGUUUGUAUUUUAACCCCAUGAUGACGAACGGAGUGGUCCAUGCUAACGUGUUCGGCAUCAAAGACUGGGUGAGUCCGUAUAAAAUCUCCGUGCUGGCGCUGCUUUAUGAGAUGACCGCGUCGAAAAUCACACUGCCGGAGAGAAGACGCCUCAACAAGCUGAUUCUUCCCCUGCAGCAGGGUCCAGACCUCACUCUUGGUCAGUUCCUGCAGACUGUGGAGGAGUGCUGUCCUCAGACUGCAUACGCUGUCAAACUCAGGCUGCAUGAAAUGGCCGAUGGAGAGCUGAAAGACAUGGAGUACUUCUUUUCCACUCUUCCUACACCGUUCACUGCUUUCGACUCCGAAGCGUAUAAAACCAGUGUAGUGGGACUUUUUAUGAGACACAUGCUGCUGGCCUACAACAAGCUGUCCUUCAGUCAGGUCUACAAACUCUACAAGUCCCUGCAGCACUACUACCACAGUCACUAUGCCAAGCCCAGUGACGGGCAGGUGAGUUUUCCCGCGUUGGUCGCCGAUGACUCGGACAUGGACCUCACCAGCACAGAGGACACCGUGGGAGACAGGACAGGCAGAGAGGAGAUGGACACUCCGCUGCAUGCAUCAGAGCUUCAAACUGAUAAUACUCCGAGCAGAGGCCCCCUGUCCCAAAAACAAGCAGAGUACUUUCUUGCGAGACAGGCAUAUCUUCUCAAGAAUGACGAGAACAAAGCUCUGAAGCCUGCCGCCCUGCAGGAGGAGCUCAACAACAUGCUGAAGUUCAACCCAGACUUUGCAGAGGCGCAUUACCUGAACUACUUGAACAGCAUGCGAGUCCAGGACAUUUUCCUCUCCACCCACAGCCUCUUGCAUUAUUUUGACCGCCUCAUCUUGUCCGGAAACGAGGGGAAGAGCAACGGGGACGAGGGCUACGGCCGGAGCCUCCGCUACGCUGCUCUGAACUUGGCGAGCCUCCACUGUCGCUUUGGUCACUAUCAUCAGGCUGAUCUGGCUCUACAGGAGGCUAUUCGCAUUGCCCAGGAGUCCAAUGACCAUGUUUGUCUGCAGCACUGUCUGAGUUGGCUCUACACCCUGGAGCAGAUGAAAGGAUCGGACAGCACCGUGUUAACCGAAGACUCGGUGAAAAUGGCCGCUCACUUCUGCCUGCCGUACCUGGCUUCUCUGGGCAUCCAGUCUCUGGUCCAGCAGGGGGCGACGCAGGGCAAGCUGGCACACAAACUGAUGGACGCUCUGAAGGACACAGACAUCCUGCACUGGAAGCACAGUCUGUCGGAGCUGAUUGAGAUCAGCUUGGCUCAGACUACGUCCAUAUGGAGGAUGUACGGCAAAAGCACGAUGGCUCUGCAGCAGGCCCAGCUGCUUCUCAACAUGAGCAGCCUGGAGCCGGUCAAUUUCGGGGUCCAGCAGAACAACACAGAAGCUUUCGCCGUGGCUCUCUGCCACCUGGCUGAGCUCCAUGCUGAGCAGGGCCUGUACGCCGCAGUGUCGGAGAUUCUUCAGCAUCUUAAGGAACAGUUCCCUGCUCACUCGCAGCAUGCAAAGCUCUGGAUGCUGUGCGAUCUCAAGAUCCAGUUUGAGAGACACAUGAACGAAGGAAAAUACCACUUGGCGGAGCCGCUCGUCACGGCCAUGUCUGCCUUGAAUAAAACCGAGGGUCUUUACAGGAAAGCUCAAGUCCUGAAGGCUCUCAACCGCAGCACUGAGGCGUACGGCAUCUUACAGCGGCUUCAGGUUCACUGUGAGAAGACGACAUGCACAGAGAUGGUCAUCAGAGUGAUGCUUGCCACUGCUGAGCUCCACUGGGAGUCGUCUGGCUUCUCCACAGCUCUUCCUCUUCUCCUGCAGGCCUUGGCUUUAGCGAGACAGCACCAUCUACAGUCACUGGCGUCGGAGACCAUCCUUCACCUGGCCUUCACUCAGCUGAUGCUGGGAGUUCCUGAACAGGCUCUGAGUGUCCUUCAUGAAGCCAUUGAGCCUGUUCUGGCUCACGGAGGAGUCAUAGACAAAGGUCGAGCCCUGCUGUUGACAGCGCGCUGUCAGAUGGCGGCCGCUGGCUUCAGGCCAAACAGACAAGGCCAAGCAGAUUUGCAUCUGGCAGCUUUGGCUGUUGACACGCUAAACGAGGCCACCGGCUAUUUUUCCAAGCUGAACUGUAAGGAGCGGCUGCGCGACGUCCAUUACCUGCAGGCUCGGCUCCAUCACUCUCUGGGACAAAUCUCCCAGUGCAACAAAAGUGCCAUGCUCUUCAGGCUCCUCGACCAGGAGCUGCAGUCGCCAGCACCGCCGGUUUCCAUGCAACUCUAGCUGCUUUUGUUGAGCUCCUCUCACCAGCAGGUGGCAGUGGAACUCUGUCCUUCUCUUUCUCUUUGCUUUACAGAUGUUCUAGUGUAAAUAUUUUUGAACUCGUCCCCAGAAUAAUAAUAAUUAAACAGGACAAAAUCAGCAUUAUUAGCGUCAUUAAUAAGAAAAAAUUGUUCCAUUACACCAGCACUCUAGCGUUGUCUGACGCUGAAAGUUUAUCAGGAGCCGUCAAACUCCUACUGAUUUACGUACUGCGCGAGGAUGAGUGAGCGUAAUAUCACAGAUAGCUACAAGAUGAAUGUGUUUCAGAGGCCUGGAUGAUUCAUAUUUCCCUUCAAGCAUACAAAUGAACCUGGAGCGCAGUGGCGGCAGAACCAUGAUGGCAUUAUUAAUAAUCUUACAGUGACGUGAAGAGAGAUACUGUAACCGUAUUCAGUUUAUGUCUGACAGUUUGUGAGGACCACAGAUAACCGUACAUGCACUCAAAUGUUCUUCUUCCUUUCCUCUGAUAACGUGACAUUUCUACAAAAUGUGUCUUAAAUUUGUCAUGUAGCUGCAGGUAAUUUGUCCCUGUGUGUCUCUGGGGUGGUAUAUGCAGUCUGAGUGGAGCUGUCGGGGCCUCCCUAUAACCAUCUGUGUCGUCCCCCCUGAAAGUCCUUAAUGACUUCCAGAGCUUUGUUGUUUGGCUUCGUGUCAUCCCCUAUAUAAACAGAUGGAUAACAGUGGUGUUUUGGUAAAAAACAGGCCUGUUUUCCAUGUAAAUACUACACAGAUACUAUGAUACAUUCUGUUCCCUCAAGCAACAACAAUAUUAUAACAACCAGUGAUUGGAUCACGGUACGUGAGCUCACACUGCUGGACACAUGAGUGGUUAAUGCAGUGGAGAACUGGCUAUUAUGUCUAUGAGGGUCGACCCAGGAGGGUAACUGCACUUCCCCAAGGUCGUUCAAACUGGAAGAGGCCGGAUACAAGAAGAAAGUCACAAAGUAUCAAGACCUGGUCCAAUGUAGAGACAAAAGACGGCAGACCCAGUUGAGAUCGGAUACUGGGGCUUUCUGGCACAGUCUGUGCGGAAUGUGCACGGAGGGAGAGGAAGGAAGCUAUCCAUGUUGUUGGGAGAGGCAGUGGAGAGAGCCUCUUGUUUGCAUUUGGAAUAGAAGGGAGGAGUUAAGCUGGGGACCAGGUGAAGAUAGAUAGAUAGAUAUAUACUUGACUUGCUAAUUAGAUAGAUACUUAGUCAACUGGCUAUUUAGAUAGUCAGCUAGAUACGUGACUAGCUAAUUAGAUAAAUAGAUACUUAACCAGCUAAUUAGAUAGAUAGUCAGUUAGCUAGACACUUGACAAGCUAAUUAGAUAGAUAGAUAGCUAGAUACUUAGUUAGCUAAUUAGAUAGCUACUUGACUAGCUAAUUAGAUAGAUACUUGACUAGCUAAUUAGAUAAAGAGGUACAUUCAAACAUCCAGUAGCACACAGCAAAAGUGUAGGAUAGUCAGAAAGUAAACAAACAAGGCCUAACUGUUAGUAAGAGACUAGCUAAUUAGAUAGAUAGAUACUUAGUUAGCUAAUUAGAUAGCUACCUGACUAGCUAAUCAGAUAGCUACCUGACUAGCUAAUUAGAUAGAUAGAUACUUGACUAGCUAAUUAGAUAGAUAGAUACUUGACUAGCUAAUUAGAUAAAGAGGUACAUUCAAACAUCCAGUAGCACACAGCAAAAGUGUAGGAUAGUCAGAAAGUAAACAAACAAGGCCUAACUGUUAGUAAGAGAUAUUUUAAAAUAGCCUAAACGUAAACUAAAUAAGAAACUAACAUAUGCUACAUAAAUAUAGUAAAAUACAAAGUUAAAAAGCACGUAGAGUGCAAAGUAUCAUGAAAAAUACAAAAAACACAUAAAUAGGUGCAUGGUGGGAUAAAUGUCCUUAGAUUUUACGCCAGAUGUGUUUUAGGCACAGGCUGUCACUGGGAUCGUGACCCCUGAACACCUGAGAUGAGAUGUGUUGUAGAGUCAAAUGGUAAGGGGGACAAAUGAGUUACUGAGUUUUUGUUGAGCAGGUCAAGCAGAGACCACAGCCUGGUGCUGAGCACACUCCACUGACUGAUCAGAGUCCUGUGCAGAGGGUGAGAGGCUGGAAGGACAGAAUCUUAUCCAGGGUCCUUUUCUCUGCAAAUGACUAUAGAGUCCAGCUCUGUGUCUACCACAGAUCCUGCCCUCCGCACCAGUGUUGUGUCCCUCUUCUUGAUGCUGCCUCCCCAGCACAUCACGGCACAGAAGAGGACGCAGGCUACAAUAGUCUGGUAAAACAUCAGCAGCAGUUUUUUGCAGAUGUUAAAGCACCACAGCCUCCACAGGAAGUACAGAAAAGCUACAGUCAAGUCCCGUGUGAGUGAAGGAGGAAGCACUACAGUGUAAUAAUGGCUAAAGAAACUUCAUCAAAGAUUGUUUUUAAAAAGUUAUAAUAGAUAUUAUGGAUGGAGCAGUCUCUUUGUUGCCAGUACCUGGGUUUUCCAUUUGCUCAAAAGAGCUCAUGAGUGCAGUUAUUUACCGGAUCCUGAUUGAAAUUCACUGAACGGCAAAAUUACUUCCUCUGAACUUAAGUGAACCCUUGAAGUGUCUGCGUUCACUUUGUGAUUUUUGAGGAUUGAAAUGAUGAGUCAGUUAGUAGAGGACUGAUUAAUCAAGCAAAAAGGACAUUUCUUUGUGGAAUUCGUGACGACGGCUCCGAACACUGACUGUAUAUUUUGCACUGCUGAUCACACAGUGGAUAAAAUUGUCAUGCAAGUACUAUAACUUUGCAUGUGGAAACGUCGGUGGUCAAGGAACAUGGUGGCAUCCUUUAACAUUGAGGUCAUUUAAGCAUCUUAAUGGUUAGUAUUUCAUUGCCAUUUGUGUUCCCUUCACUGUCACCAUCAGGUUUACACAACUGCAUCUACAUUUCAAAAUUCAUGUAGAACUUUAGUAAAAUACCUGUAAUUUAAUGGUA